AUGCUGUCCGGUCUCCCCUUUCGCGCAUCCCUGCGCUCUCGCCAACCCCGGCCUGAGCCUGCUGAUACGCCCACGGCUCGCCGGACCCAGAGCCUCAGCCCGCUUGCCCUCGCCGCCUUCGACCCGAACCAUCCGGCCGUCGAGCCCGACGACCCGGAUACAAGCUUGCUCAAUGCCCAGCUCCAUGUCCUCACCACCGUCUUCCCAGACGUCCAGCCCGAGGUCUUUCGCGAGAUGCUGAACAGCUUCUCCGAGGAGAGCCGCGUCGAGGUCGUCACCGAAGCCAUGCUCAGGCAGCCCGACCGCUGGGUGCGCGGCCGCCAUCGUGCCGAGCCGCUCGACCAGGACCCCACCGCCGCCGCACCGCUCGCCCGCCGCACAUCGGACCAAGACGCCCGGCUGCCCAUGGAGGAGAGAUUUCGGAGCGAGUCGUACAAACUGGCGGUCCGGGGAGCUUUGUAUCAAGAGUUCAAGGGCCUGAGUCACUCGGCCAUCCGCGCCGUGCUGGCCGAGUGCAACUAUUCCUACACUCAAGCUCGCCCGACCCUACUAGAGCUCGUUUCCAAGUCGUGGAUGUUCUCAGUCACCAGCUUCUUCACCCGCCGGAAGCCGCCGUCUGCCCAGGAUCACCCGCUCGUUGUCUGGCAUAAUCCGGACCCGAGGACUGGUGGGGCUCUUGUGCCGCGGCUGGUGCUGACCAAGAGCGCGGAGCUGAACAAGGAGUUGUACGACUCACUUAUCGCCCCACUGCUGGCCAAGCAGAAUGAGGAGAGAAUGGCCCAGGAUCGAGCUCUUGCCGAGCAGCUCAACGAGGAACAAGCCGAGGCUGCCGACGAAAUUUACGACUGCGAGUGCUGCUUCACCCCCGGCGCUUUUGAGCAAAUGUCGUCGUGCGACCAGAACAACCACUGGAUAUGCUUCCGCUGCAUUCGUUUCUCUAUGAACGAGGCGUUGUUCGGACAGGGCUGGGCUCGCAGUGUGGACACGGACAAGCUGACGCUGAACUGCAUCGCUCCUGUGUCCCACGGCCAAUGCCAUGGAUGUCUCCCACAACACUCCGUCCAGCGCGCUCUCGCCGAAGAACGUGAUGGCGAGACCACUUUCCGCAGGUUCGAAGAGCGGGUCGUGUCGGACUCGCUGCGCAAGACCGGCCUUCCUCUGAUCAGAUGUCCCUUUUGCGCCUACGCCGAGGUGGACGAUGUCACGCCGCCGCUCCUCUCCUGGAGGCCGUGCUCCAGCCGCCUCCUCGGCCUCUGGUUCCUCUCCGUCGGGCCCUACUUGUACAUCAAGCCCAUCCACCUCCUCUCCCAGUUCCUCUCCCUCUUCCCCUUCUUCGUCCUCCUCAACUACCUCCUCAACUUCUUCCUCCUACCCACGCCCUUCCGCAUCGACCCGCUCUCCCCGCUCCGCGCCUCAUACCAGCGCGUCGCCCGCCGCCGCCGCGGCCUCCGCUUCACGUGCGCAGCGCCAGCGUGCGGGCGGGCGUCGUGCCUCGAGUGCCACAAGGCGUGGCGCGACCCGCACGUGUGCCACGAGUCGGCGCUGGCGUCGCUGCGGACGCACGUGGAGAACGCGGUGUCCAACGCGGUCAAGCGCACGUGCCCGCGGUGCAACAUGUCGUUCCUCAAGAGCGGCGGCUGCAACAAGCUCGUCUGCCCGUGCGGCUACACCAUGUGCUACGUCUGCCGCCGCCGCGUCACGGCCGAGGAAGGCUACAACCAUUUCUGCAACCACUUCCGCCUCACCAACCCGGGCGUCAACAACCCGUGCGACCGCUGCGACAAGUGCUCGCUCUACGCCGACGAGGACGUCGAGGCCGUCGUGCGCCGCGCCGCCGUGCAGGCCGAGCGCGAGUGGAAGUUGAAGAAGAUGCAGAAGCAGCGGCAGGCUGACGGAGUGGGCGGCGGCGGCGACGACGCCGCGGCCGUUGCGGGCUUGAGCGUGCAGCAGGCGGCGCUGCUGGGGCACCGCGCGAAUGGGCAGAGGCGGCAGCAGGAGAUUGUCAGCGUGGGCGGGGCCAAUGAGUGGGAGCAGUGGCUGGACUGGGUGACGGAUUUUGUUAUGCCGUAG